AUGCCAUUCAGAUUAUGGGAUGGCGAGCGACCUCUAGUCGCAACUAGGAAGGACUUGAGCAAUCAGGUGAGAGGUGACUGGGUCGGUUACUGUGCUCAUGCUACGUACACGUUUCCUGGCUGGCACAGACCAUAUCUGGUGAUGAUCGAACAAUCUCUGUACGAGCAAAUGACGGAAAUCGCAGAGACUUUCCAGAAGGAAGAGCACAAAAAGCUGUAUCGCAACGCCGUCAAGAAGUUUCGCCUGCCCUACUGGGAUUACUACAAGCCGCGUGGCGGGCAGGUGGAAUUUACUGGGCUCAAUGGGGGAUCGACCACUUUUCCAUUCGACUAUCGCCUGCCAGACAUCUUUACCAGGGAGAACGUCAUGCUGCGAACAGCAGAGACGCAGAACGAGCUCAAGUCGUUCCCUAACCCUCUGAAGUCCUUCAAGUUUCCACCGAAGGAGAAGGGCGCCAACAUCUGGAUGCAAAAAGCGAUAGACGCCGAUGGGAACCCGACGAACACGCAGGUAAUGGCAAUGCCGCCCGUUGCUACCGUCCGUGAUCUCAACAAUAAAUUGAACCAGGUUAGGGAACAGGAUAACGAGUACUGUAACAACAUCAUCUUGUUCCCGGGCUAUGAUAACUUCUUGAACGUUGUGACGGCGCGUUUGGAGCGCGGUGGCACAGCUGGAUCCAUCGAGGGUCUGCAUAAUGGCUAUCACAACUACCUCGGGAACGGAGGUCAGAUGUCUGAUCCAGCAGUAGCUGCGUUUGACCCUGUUUUCUGGAUCCACCAUUGCCAAAUCGAUCGCAUCUAUGCGAUUUGGCAAGCGUCACAUCCCAAUGAAUGGGACUCGGGAGUCGGCAAAGAGUUCUUGUACCCGUUUCGCUAUCCGCAGCCAACCAGCAAACACAAAUACUGGACUGUUGAUGACGCUCGAUAUACCUCGACAUCCCUCGGGUACACGUACGUGGACGCCGAGUUUCCUACCGCCCAGGCUGUGAGAGACAAUUAUAAAGCCAAGUACGAUUGGGCGGUGAGAUACAGAGGCAGAAGAGCGCAAGGGCAUGACAUCAAGAACCUGGGCACUUGUCCCAAGAGUAUGCUACCUCCGACAGCUGAGCAAUAUGCCAAAGCGCAAGUCUUUGCGUCAGCAGGUCCCGUGGGUCGUGUGCAGCAAGUCGUUCAAAAGGCGGCUGUCAACACGAUCCAAUCUACGCAGCUCAUGGCCGAGAGCACGAUCAAUGCUGCUCAGAUUAUCGUUGGCAAUGCUCGUGAACCUAAGCCGCAAGCGAGCAACAAGUCGGCUGCUGUGGAGAAAUCCACGCCGUCAAGUAAGUUGACUGAUAGUCGAGUACUCUCUGGUGAGCUAUACGAAAACGUUGGCACGCCCAAAGACGGCGAGGUCAACGAAGCACACGUUCAGCGCAGAUGGUACAUUGACAACAUGGUUGAACGCCUCGCUCUCAACGGCACCUUCACGAUCAGCUACUUCAUCGGACCCUUCGACGACAACAAGCCUGACAGCUGGAACCUCACGCCUACACUUGCCGGUCAGAGCCACAAUUUUGCAGCACCAGUCGAGCAAUGUGACAAUUGUGGCCAUCAAGAGCAGCAGGGUCUGCUUGUGACAGACACAACACCCGUCACACCGCUCUUGUUGGAUUAUGUCUUGAAGGGCGAGUUGCAUGAUCUCAGGCCGGAGAGUGUGGAGCCGUUUUUGGUGAAGAACUUGAGAUGGCGCAUCGUCAAGCUUGGAGGCGAGCGCAUCGAUCCGAGGGUCGUCCCAGGCCUGAAGAUUGGCAUCAGCACGUUGAUCACGCCAGUAGAGGGAGCGGCUGAGCCGACUCGAGUUCAGGAGUUCCCUCAGAUCGUCGAGCAAAUCAUCGGCAACGCAUCUUAG